UUAGAUUCAAAUCAUCACCCCUAGGGUUUCUUUCUUCCACCUCUCCCCAUUUCAACCACUGUAAUUAGGGUUUCAGUCACAAAACCUCCAAUGGCACCAUCAAUGGCAGCAGCACAACCCCUACCCUCUUCCAAAACCGAAAGCUACGUCGACAACAAACGCAAAGACGACAUCCGAACCGCCAACAUCAAAGCCGCCCGCUCCGUCGCAGACGCCGUCCGCACAUCUCUCGGUCCCAAAGGCAUGGACAAAAUGAUCUCCACCGCCACCGGUGACGUCAUCAUCACCAACGACGGCGCCACUAUUCUCAACAAAAUGGAGGUUCUCCAGCCCGCCGCUAAGAUGCUCGUCGAGCUUUCCAAAUCUCAAGACGUUGUCGCCGGUGACGGAACCACUACCGUCGUCGUAAUCGCCGGUGCGUUUUUGAAACAGUGUCAAACGCUCCUUCAUUCCGGUAUUCAUCCGACUGUUGUGUCAGAUUCGUUGAACAAAGUUGCGGUUAAAGCGGUUGAGGUUGUUACGGCUAUGGCUGUUCCUGUGGAGUUAUCGGAUCGUGUAUCGCUUGUGAAAUCGGCUUCGACUUCGUUAAACAGUAAGGUAGUUUCGCAGUACUCUUCGCUUUUAGCACCGUUAGCUGUAGACUCUGUUUUAUCUGUUGUCGAUCCUGCGAAACCGGAUUUAGUAGAUUUAAAAGAUGUGAGAAUUGUUAAGAAGUUAGGCGGUACGGUUGAUGACACUGAGUUAGUUAAAGGUCUAGUGUUUGAUAAGAAGGUGAGUCAUGCUGCUGGUGGACCGGCAAGGGUAGAGAAUGCGAAGAUUGCGGUUAUUCAGUUUCAGAUAUCGCCUCCGAAGACGGAUAUUGAGCAGUCAAUUGUGGUGUCGGAUUACACACAGAUGGAUAGGAUUUUGAAGGAGGAGAGGAGUUAUAUAUUGAGUAUGAUUAAGAAGAUUAAGGCGACUGGUUGUAAUGUGUUGUUGAUUCAGAAGAGUAUUUUGCGUGAUGCGGUUACGGAUUUGUCGCUUCAUUAUCUUGCGAAAGCGAAGAUUUUGGUGGUUAAGGAUGUGGAACGUGAUGAUAUCGAGUUUGUUACCAAGACGUUGAAUUGCUUGCCGAUUGCGAAUAUCGAGCAUUUCCGCGCUGAGAAACUUGGGUAUGCGGAUGUUGUCGAAGAGGUUUCGGUUGGAGAUGGGAAGGUUGUUAAGAUUACUGGUAUUAAGGAUAUGGGUAGAACGACAACUGUUCUUGUUCGUGGGUCAAAUCAGCUGGUGCUCGAUGAAGCGGAACGGAGUUUGCAUGAUGCUUUAUGUGUGGUUCGCUGUCUAGUGAACAAAAAGUUUUUGAUUGCGGGCGGCGGUGCGCCUGAGAUUGAGCUUUCAAGACAGCUCAGUGCGUGGUCUAAGGUUUUGCACGGGAUGGAGAGUUUUUGUGUCAAGUCGUUUGCCGAAGCACUUGAAGUUGUUCCCUACACUUUGGCUGAAAAUGCAGGUUUGAAUCCGAUAACCAUAGUUACCGAGCUUCGUAACAGGCAUGCGCAGGGUGAGAUUAAUGCUGGAAUUAAUGUGAGGAAAGGACAAAUUACUAAUAUUUUGGAGGAAAAUGUGGUGCAACCAUUGCUUGUGAGCACGAGUGCGAUCACUCUAGCUGCAGAGUGUGUCAGGAUGAUUUUGAAGAUUGAUGACAUUGUUACAGUGAGGUAGAUCGAUACACGAUCAUCAAUUCUUUGGAGAUUUUUGGUUGAAAUACUUGUGGAUUCCUCGAUCAGUUUUAAGAAAUAGAUGCUGGGUGUUUGGGCUUCAUAAUAAAGUUGGUUUUCUGGUUGCUUAGGAUUCAACUGAUACCUUUAAUCAAUGAAAUCUAGUGCAAGUGACUGUUUAUUUAAUGGAUGCAUCUAAACUUUUAACGAUAUUAAGGUGUAUACCCAGUAUGGUUCAGCCACUUCCACUGGAAAAUGUUGGCCAAACCGAUGACCCACGGUUUAGGAAAAUCUUAUCCAGUUCAGUCUAGCGGUUUGAACAUUGAACCAUGUGUGUGUGUGUGUGUUUUGUUAUUAUAGGUCAACAUAGUAACAAUUAUGCUACUCAACCUGGCCAAAGGCUGUGGGAGUCGAUUGAAAUCGACGACUACCUUUUACAAAUAAAUCCUUGAGAAUUACUGCUUGUC